AUGUACGUUACAAGUGAUCUGGUACACGCAAAAGUUGAAACAACAAGUGAUUCCGAUUUAACCUACGAAGUAGAAGAUGAUAUUUCGCGAGACAGUUCUUUUGUCCCUCAACAUGAAAUAGAAAAAGAAAAAAUCAUCGGUAUUGUGCAAGAGAUCACUAAAUCAUCUAAUAAGAGAUUAAAACUUGACAUUUCGAAUGAUGAUAGAAGAAAUUUAAUGGAAAUGACAGAGAAAAUCCAGUUAAAAUUGAGAAGUGAAAUUCCUGAAAACAACGACCAGAGUGAAAAAUGGGUAAAGGACUUGAAAGAAGCAAUUUUGAGACAACCAUCGAAAUCUGAGAGAAUUUUCCUCUUAACAACAAUGCCAGUUCAGUGGAGCGUUUGUAAAACUGCAAAAAAACGAUUGAUAAUGGGCAACCUUGAUGAAUUGCAUUCGCGAUUUUUGAAAGACUUUCCAGACGUGCAAAUAUCUCUCGCGAAAUUCCGGAGUUUAAGACCGCCCCAAUGCAUAUUAGUUGGAGCAAAGGGUACUCACAAUGUUUGCGUUUACAAAACUCACCAAAAUGUGAGAUUAAAAAUACAAGCCGUGAGACAAGAGUUUAUGAAGAAUAAGAUAGACUACCCAACAUCAUAUCGCGAUUGGCUUCAGAAAAUCGUUUGCGAAAAUCCGCAAUCGGAAUGUUAUCUUUUGGAGUGCAAAAAAUGCCCCGAAAAUCUGCAGCACGAUUCAGUAGCUGUACAUUUGUUCAACGGGAAACUGAUUUCUCAUUUAAAGGAAAAAUUCGGCAAAAGAAGAAUUAGAAAAUAUUUUAUUUUUCGGAUGGGGCAGCGUCACAAUAUAAAAAUAAGUACAAUUUUUAAAUUUAAUAAAAAAGAUUUCGGAAUCGAUGCAGAGUGGCACUUUUUUGCUACGUCCCACGGCAAAGGUGCUUGUGAUGGAAUAGGAGGUACCGUCAAAAGACACGCGUAUUUUACAAGUUUGCAAAAAGAUACGGAUUUAUUAUUAACAUCUCCUGAGCGAUUGUUCGAGUGGGCAAAACAAUUUUUCAAAAAAAUUCAUUUUCAUCUUUGUACCAAUGAAGAGCAUGAAAAGCAUAGAGAAUUCUUAAAAUCACGAUUCUUGAAUCAACCAGCCAAAAAAGAUCGUCGAGUCUUAAUACCAUGGACAAGCGAACAAAAAAAAUGUGCCCAAAUAUUUUUUAAAAGACAAUUGGCUUUAAAGAAACCUUCAAGGAAACCUGAAUGUGAAGAAUUAAAAAACUCCAUUCAACAACCUUUAAAAAUAAAACGUGGACACAAAUAA